AUGCACUGUAGGCCCCUCCCCCCAACUGGGGCUGACUGGCGCGCAAGGUCGUUAGGCGUUGCGCGCGCACGGGCGAGAAGCCGCGAAACUCCACUAACGCGGUGGUCUCUUCUCCACUGCGAUCCCCAACUGGAGCGCUUAGCCUACGCCCGCCGCUGUCCUUCCUGGAGAGUCCCCCUCCAGAAGGGCGGAUUAGACACCCGCGACGUGUGUGAGAGAGCGAGGACAGAGGGCAGUGGCUGUGAGGUUCAGUUCGAACCCCCCGGCAGGCUACGGCUACGGCUACUGCUAGAGCCUAGCAGCAACGCCCGCCGCCCGUCGUCCCCGUUCCCGGCCUGGUGUUGUCUCGACGACGUGGACCGCGGUGACGACUCGACCAACCAGCGGAGAAAGACAGGCCGAAGCAGGCACAGUCGACAAUAG